AUGACAUCAAUAGAAGAGAAACCACAAGAGAAAACGGAGAAAACGCUGUUGUACAAACCACUAUAUCCCCCUUCACCAGACAUUACAAAGAAAGUCGAAACAAAAGAAGACGCAUUCAAGUUUAUUAAAACACUGGACGAACAUUUGCUAUCUAAUAAUGGGUAUGUUUUAUUCGAAAAGAUUAUUCAAUUCAUAUUUGAGAACCCUGUGUUGGGAUAUUACGCCUUUCCACAUUACAUUAAGUUGACUGACACGACAAAAAUUCCAUAUUUCAACUUCGUGAGAUAUUUGGUGAUAUACGCACCUUUCCAAACGCUUCCUAAUGGAUUUUUGGAAGUCAUUAUUUCAAGAACAAUUGAUGUGAUCAAGCACCAUCUUAAACGAGAUACCCUAGAUGACACAGAUGCGGUCUUAUAUGAGUGUUACCAAAUCCUUAUCCACGCGAUAUCAUCGAAGCCAGAAAUUGAAAAACUCAUUCUGAAAGACUCGGAUGAUAUAUUCAGUCCAUUAAUAGGAAAAGAUCCAUUACAAUUCAAAGACUUAAGAAAGACUCUGCACCUUCUUUUAGACCAACUUAAAGAGAAAAAUGGUAUACUAACAAACUUACUCAACAAUUUGAAAAAGAUCGAAAUUGACUGCGCGAAGAGUAUCUUUGAGAAGAAAAGAACGAAACAUGAAUUUUGUGGAAUGGAGAAUUGUGGUGCGACGUGUUACAUCAACUCUGCAAUACAACAACUCCACGCGAAUAAAGACUUUAGAGAAUGGGUAUUAAAAAGUGACUCGAAAGGGUCUCACGCUGUUUUAAAAACGUUAUUUGAACGCAUGAAUCACGAAGAAAGUUAUGUGACCACAAAAGAUGUCAUUCAAAAUGUCUUAGGUGAUGGAAAAAGUAUUGAGACGGGCAUACAAGACGACUCAUAUCUUUUCCUCACCAACCUACUUGAGUCCAUUCGUGAAGAGAAUGCAAGUGACGUGAAGAGUUAUCAGAUCAUUAUCAACAGCACUUUGAAAUGUACAAAAUGUGGAACGUCGAGAACUUCGUCUGAGAAUUCUUCAUCAAUUCGAAUUGAUUGUGUCCACAGUGACACAUUCGAAGAUGCACUUCUUAAGAUGACAGAAGAAGAGUCUGUGAGUGGCGUCGAGUGUCAAAAUUGUAAAGAAAGGACUGAACAUACAAAGACACUUACCUUUUCGACUCCUGAAGUUUUAAUCAUAGGUAUCAACCACAAUAAAACAAGUGAAGGAGGAAUCAACUAUAAGUUGAAUAAGUACUUUGAGUUUCCAUUGGCACUCAAUUGGAACAACGAGAAUAUGGAACUGAGUGGAAUCAUCUUACACAGUGGUAAUGUCAAUGCGGGGCAUUAUACGUCAAUCAUUAAAGGAGACAAUGGCAGGUGGUGGAAGUGUAACGACAAAAUAGUAGUGGAAUACAAUGAACGACGUAUUAAAGAAGACAGCUAUGGGAGUCAGUCCAACUCCUUGUCCGCCUCUGUCUUGUUCUAUAAGAAGAGUGUCGAGAAAGUCUGUAAAGAGAGUGAAGAAGAGAAGAAUGAGGAGUUUUUGAGUCAUUUACUUCCCAUGUGGAGUGACGAUUUGUUGUAUAAAGAUCUUGAAAAGAUGCAUACUGAGACGUGGAUUUUGAUGGUAUUAUGGUAUGGAGGAGAUCCCUCCAAAUUUACUGAUUAUGAAAAUAUGAAGUUUGAUGCAAAUAAAGAGGAGAACAUGACUACAAUUUCCGCGUUAAAAAAAUAUGGACUACCAAAGUCAAUUGUAGAGACUAUAGAAGGCAAACAUUCAUUCAAAUAUGUGAAGAACAUGAUUCAGUUUUUGUGUUCGAAUAAUGAAGGGAAGAGUUGGGUUCUUGAGUGUUUACUCAAGAUGACUACUAUUCAAACAACACAAAGACAACACUUCGCAAUCGCUUCCUUAAUCGAAAUGUUACCAAAUGAUGUAACCCCCACAAAAGACUCUAUAAAUGUACUUGAAAAGCUGUGUAAUACACCAAAUAUAAAUGAAGACAUGUACUUAAUAUUACUCAACACUCUUAACGUCUGCCAAGUAACUUCUUUAGAAAACAAUUUCAUCACUCAAACACUUUUGCUCUACAAAAACGUGUCAAACAUUUCAAAGUGUUAUCCAUCACUUAAGAAAUCAUUGACUAAAUACACAAUACUCACUGACAUCUCCCCCGUGUUAAAUUCCUUUGUCGAUUCUUACUCAAAUGAAAAGGACCAACAAAAGCGUGGCGAAUGGAAAGACUUCAUUGUCUCCACCAUCAAACGUCUUCCUCAAGAAAUCAACCAAAAAGUGGUAGCGUACUCCCUCAAUCAUUUUUCCACCGACGAGUUGGUCUGUGCACUCACUGAUUAG